GUUCAAAGCGCGAUAGCGGGGGUCGUGGACAUCACCCAUUACCAACACAUGGUUCGGCCACACAUGGUUCGAAAUCGGCUGUACUGUUGCGGCGUUUUCCCUACUUUGCUUGUUACCGCCUUUCGCCGGUGAAAAAGAAAGCUGGGUUUUAGCCGCCGUCGCGGCUCCUGCGAGAGUGCGGCGCGUCUUCUCGAUGGAAUUCAAGUGAGUCUGGUGGCGUCUGACGUCGCUGCGGUUGCCGGCUGUGCUCGAGUUUGCCUGCUGUCGCUUCUGCAUUUUCUUUUUAAAUCACUCACCCAUAAUCCAGUAUUUUGAGUUCUAAAUUGUUUAUAAUAAUAUUCGUAAGGGAACGAAUAAAAAAUAUACUCGCAGAUGUAUUCCAAUGUGAAAACUGUUACAGCAAGACAUCGAGGCUGAAGAACGAGUUUCCGUAACAGAUUCGCCGCAACAGAAAACGCUUAUAAACUUACUGCUUCUUGUUCAGUUCCCUGCAGUGGGUAAGAUCCAUCGUUUCUAAACAUUAAAAAAAAAAAAAAAAAAAAAAAAGAAAGCAAUACGAAUACUGCCGCGUCGAGUCAUUUACCCUCCCUCCGAAAGGAAAGGGAAACGCCGUCGUCGAGAGCGCGUGCGACCGCCUGGGCCUCCGAUUGCGCAGGGCGAAAACGGGGGAGGCGCGAGAGUCGCAGUCCGCGGUCGCGCCGCCGCCGCGAUGGGCCCGUUGCGGACGGACCUGAGCUCACCACGGCGAGCGCUGUUGUGCGAGCCAGUGCCAUCAGCAGCAGCGCGCACUGGUCCGCCGCCGCCGGGGCCCACGCCUGGCCAUGCGGCGCCAGGACAGCGGGACUCUCUCUUUGUCCACGCUGGCCGACGGGGUCACCGAGGGCGUCCGUGAUAUCGUCGCGUCGACUGGUCGCCUGAUCCUAGGCGAGCAGCAGCAGCAGCAAGGGGGAAUGGUGACCGGUGCAGGUGCUGGUGCAAAAGGAGGCAAUGCCACGUAUGGCCGGCUCGUGACACAGGACCUGCUGGCAGCCAUGGCCACGGACCCGCAGCACCUGCCCUUCAAGUUCAGGGACCCCAGCCAGGCACCCUUGCGAAAGCUGAGCGUUGACCUCAUCAAAACUUACAAGCACAUCAACGAGGUCUACUAUGCCAAGAAGAAGCGGCGAGCACAGCAAACCCAGGGAGAUGACCAAAGCCACAAGAAAGAGCGCAAGCUGUAUAAUGAGGGCUUCGAUGAUGAUAACCACGACUACAUCAUCCGCAAUGGGGAGCGAUUCUUGGACCGCUACGAGAUCGAUUCCCUCAUUGGCAAGGGCUCCUUUGGUCAGGUGGUGAAGGCAUAUGACCGAGAGGAACAAUGUUUUGUGGCCAUCAAAAUCAUCAAGAACAAGAAGCCGUUCCUAAACCAAGCUCAAAUAGAGGUGAAAUUGUUAGAGAUGAUGAAUAACCAUGAGAGCAACGGCACCUGCUGUCAUCUGGGCAAGGACAAAAUAGUGAAGUUAAAGGGACACUUCAUGUGGCGCAACCAUCUCUGCCUGGUGUUUGAGCUGCUCUCGUACAACCUGUACGACCUUCUGCGCAACACCAACUUUAGCGGUGUGUCACUGAACUUGACCCGCAAGUUCGCCCAGCAGAUGUGCACAGCACUGGUGUUUCUGUCCAGUCCAGACCUGAGCAUCAUCCACUGUGACCUCAAGCCUGAGAACAUUUUGUUGUGCAACCCCAAACGGAGCGCCAUCAAAAUAGUGGACUUUGGCAGCUCGUGCCAGCUCGGGCAGCGCAUCUACCAGUACAUCCAGAGUCGGUUCUACCGGUCACCCGAGGUCCUCCUCGGUAUACCAUACGACAUGGCCAUUGACAUGUGGAGUCUAGGCUGCAUCCUGGUAGAAAUGCACACGGGCGAGCCGCUCUUCAGUGGGGCCAAUGAGGUGGACCAGAUGAACAAAAUAGUGGAGGUGCUUGGGCUUCCCCCUAAGUCGCUGUUGGACAAGGCCCACAAGGCACGCAAGUACUUUGAGAAGCUUCCCGAUGGCAGCUUCGUGCUCAAGAAGACCAAGGAUGGCAAGAAGUACCGUGCCCCCGGUACGCGGCGAUUGCACGAGGUGCUUGGCGUGGAGACGGGAGGACCUGGUGGUCGGCGGUUGGCUGAGCCAGGUCACUCUGUUGCUGACUACCUCAAGUUCCGUGACCUGGUGCUUCGCAUGCUCGACUAUGACCCUAAAGGGCGCAUCACACCACAUCAUGCACUGCAGCACUCAUUCUUUCGGCGCACUGCGGACGAAGGCACCAAUACAUCUACAUCACCAGCCGCCCUCGAAGGGAGCGCGUCAACAUCUGCGUCGUGUCUCAUGCUGAUGGCACCCCCGCAGGUGGCCCUCAACAACGGAACUUCCUCCACAUCCUCCUCAUCAGCAUCCUCGGGCGCCAGCUCCUCAGCCUCCUCAUCGGGCAGCCGAACCCGGCCAGACCCUGCGUCACUGCUGCACUCAUCGUUGCACUGCAUGAUGGCCCCUUCCAAAGCAGCAGCAGCGGUGGUUGGCUCCUCAUCUUCAGAGGCUCGGUGCAGUCGCGGCACGGCUCGACUGGUGGCCGAGCCCCAACUGCAGCCACAACCACAGCCACCGCAGCAGCAGCGCCUCAGCCCCAUGGACACUCUGGGCUAUCACCACGGUUACGGGGCCCCAUACGCACGGGCACCCGACGGCGAGGACUCGCCCAUGUUGGGCAUCUGUGUCGACUCGGCACCUGUCGUCUCUCAUUGAUGUGUCCCCCGCAUAGGAGAGAGGAGGCCACACUCCCCCAGUGCUGCUACUAUUGCCCGGAUGGGGGCUGCUGCUUCUGAGGACGUCAGAUGGACAUGGGCAUUGUUUAAUGCGUGCGAUGAUGCCGGGCGCCCCGAGCAUGUGAUCUUCUUUGGCAGCCUGGGUUUGGAUGGCGGGCUGUAGUGGACAGUGGCUUCCUUUGUGCUAACACAGCGAAUGAGCAAUGCUAUGCACAACUUCAGCUCAUGCGCAUGUGUGUACCAGAUUGGAUCUGAGGUUAUUUUUCACAGUGUGCAGGCUUGAGAAGAAAAACAUGGGUAGCAGAAAUAUAGUGCACGUUGUGCUUGCUGUCCUUCUCUUCUUUUUCUUGGAACAGUAUCUUGCCCAGUAAAUUGUUGCCACAGUUUGAUUGCAACAGAUACUAGCCAGUCUGGGAGCUAUUUUCUCAAAAAGGUGCAAGCUCAGCAUUAAAUAGGGUCCCGGCUGUAACUGUCUUUCAGAUUUGGUAAACUCGUGGCCCCUAGUCCAUAGCAGCAUUUUUGUGGUGUUGGUACAAAGUUCACCAAGCUCAUUUUGUGAUGUGGCCGCUAAAGAAGAUGACAUGCCUAGCGUACACACACCGACUAAUGAUAUUGUUUUUAGAGCACCCGUGUUGGACCCUCGUGACAGGCUCGACCAGAAACCUUUUUGUGUUUGUUGUGUGUUCGGGAGCCGAGAGGGUGUUCUUUGAAAUUUCUGCCUAGGUCACCCAAAUAGGCUUUAGCGGCGUACACUUGCAACCUUGCAAUGCUUCUUGGUGCCUGCGGAGCAUGGUAACUAUCACUCAUGGCACUGUUAGUGUUCUUGCGCAGUUUUUACCUGUGACGUGUGGCAUUCUUUCCACUUAAUACGAGGACGAAAUUUUCUCAACAUUUUAUUCCCGACAUCUCUUAUGAGAGAAGCAUGCUGAAACGAAUGCAAGGCCGCAGAAUUAUGGCAAAGGAAAAUGUAGCUCCGUUGAACACUGGACACGAGAUACGUUUAUCUGCUUUCUUUCUUUCUUUCUUUUUUUAAACCUUCUUACAAGAACUAAAUUUGAGGCACUUCGUUUCAUCCCUCUUUAAUCUGAUGAGGUCACAUUGCUAACAUAUGACAUCUGAAUAUUCAGUGGCGAGCGAUCCUUGUGGCGUUCUGCAGUUGCAAGGAAAUAGGCGGGUCCACUAGCGAGCACGCGCACUCUUAAGCCACUGUAGGGAAGGGAAACCUUCACUAGACAACCCUACAACAUUUCCUCUCAACACAGCAGCCAGGCUGGGGGGGUGCGGACAUGGUCGCUGCGUUGGAGGCUGUUGAAAAGAGGGCAUUCCUCUCGUUGAGUGUCGUCGGCAGCCUCUGCAACCAGAUGGGAGUGUAGAGAGGCGGGAGCACUAGUGUUGUAGCCCCCAUUAGGAGUUUGUGGGGCUGGUGGGGAGUGUGGCAAUGUACAUAGCUAGCUGGAAAGGAAGAGGGGUGUUGAGUGUGCAUUGUCACCUGUACAUAGCUGGGGUGUGCCCCAACACCCUCUUCUCAUCGUUGGGCAUCUUGAGGGGAAAAAAAAAAAAAGACGCUAGAAGGUAGUCACGGUGAGAAGUAGCGGGAAAGGGGCCCCCGAUUGGUUGCUCGUGCCGAGACUGGAGAAAAAAAAAAAUAAUUUAUACUACCUGUACAUCACUUGCGCAACACUGAGAGGGCGCGCCAUGGUCGAGAUAUGCUGUAUCUUACUGUACAUAGCUAUAAAUAUUAUACAUACAAUAUAUAAAUAUAUAAAUAUGCUAUGCGCUACCCUUCUCCCUCUUCCUGUGAAAUUGGCCACCAAACUGGGAUAAAAGAAAAUGUGUGUAGUGCAUGGAAGCAGGUGGCAGAGCAAGUGUUCGAAAGAAAAAAAAAAAAAUGCCGGGAUAUUUAUUUUGCUCUUAUUGUUUCCAAUUUUUGCCUCUUCCCGUCGUGUCUCUCUUUCCAUCCUUUUCUGGUAGAACUGUGCCGGCUUGUUCCUUACUACUUACGAAAAGCCAGAGAGAAAUUGAAAAUCACUCCUUCAGUGUUGAGGCUCGAGUUGGGAUUCUUUGUUUGCACUGCGCCUUUUCAAGUGCAAUUUAUUGUUUUUUUUAGAGAAAUGAAAGGACCCCCCAACUACAUUCAGUAGCUCUGGACAACUGCGAUGUGCAAUCUGGGUCAAACGAUGUAGAAAAGAAAAAGAAACUGACCUUCCCAUUGGCAAUGCUUGUUUCCUUAGGACAUUUAGUUUGGCUUUUAGUGAAACACAUUGAGUGAAGUCAUUUGUCAUCCUUUUCACUUCAGGGGGUACUGGUUUGGGGGGUACUGGUGUGACUACCCACUUGGCAUGUGGAGGUUGUGCUUGAAUCGCCUGCUACGGCUAGUUCUGAUUCAAGAUGCUAGAACCACCACGAGCACAAGCGUGCUGUUUCCCAUGGGGUUCUCACUGUAGAAGGAAAUCGGUUGCACUUGAAUGAUGAGGAACCUAAAAAAAAAUUAUACCGCACCAUACCUGUGCACUCACUGUUAACAGUGUCCUUAAGAAUGGUGAGCUUGAAAACGUGACUCUCUACCUGCGGAAAGUAAGUAGAAUUAAGAGGGCCCAUGAAUAACUGCGUGUUGGCACCUGACAACCAUAAGUGAUAUCCAAAUCAACGCCUUAGUGACGGCUCCCUGCUGAUAACAGAAACCAAUCUCGAAGGCUGUGCGUUUGCUGGCUGAAUGCACUAAAAGUGAUUUCAAGAGCCAGAAACACGUCAUGGACAGCAUGUUUUAGAACGAUCUGUUCUGGUCCAGCUGCGACUUGACACAUGUUGUGGGUAGAGAGUUGUACCUUCGAUUUGUCGGCUUGUUGCACAGCUGUAGGUAGUUAUGCAUGAAUGUUAAGUGAUGGCACUGCCAUAAUAUGAUUGCCUGCACCCUACUCUGCAGGAAAUGGGACAAAGGAAAAGGCCCUUUAAAAAAAGGUAGACAUUCGAGUAACAUAAGAAAGAAAAUAAAAUAAGUACAUGUCUUCAGAACAAGUAUCAGGGGUGAUGAAGGCAUGCAAUAUUGUAAUCUUGCAGAUGUGAAAAAGUAGACAUUCUUGAUCAGUGGUGGACCACAGUUAAGAGAGCAGGCCUAUUGGGUCUGCAUGCAAACACCGCUUUGAUGGGCAAAGCCAUUAGCGAGAAUUGAAAGCCAGGUGCUCGUGCGAGGCUUUGGCAUUGAGUAGUUUCUGUGAAAAACCACACACUUACUGCUCCGUGGAGAAGCCAGUUUGGCACCUCUGUGUGGGUUUUGAGAUGACCCAGGUGGCACUUCGAGGGGCCGUAACUGUUCUUAUUUUUUUUAUUCUGUGAAGUAAUGCAACACUUUUGUGCAACGAGGAGGAAGGGGAGUGCGAGGAUGUUCUUUGGCUGCAGCAGAGAGGACGAUCCCCUUCUGUGUGCCGAAUCUUUGCACUCCUGCCUUUUGUCUCGCAACUCCAGGAGGCGAGUAGCGGUGCAACCUCUGAUUUUCGAUCCUUCUCUCUCACACAUGCUCGAUCGAUUGCUGACUGACUUCUCUGUCCUACCUGUUGAUUUCAUGCAGUGUAAAUAGUGCCAUUGAUAUAUAGCUGCAUACCGACACGAGACAACAUGCAUUGCAGAUGCCACCCGGGGGAUUGUGUGUCGUUUGGUGAAGAGUGUGAAGAAUCAACCGCUUCUGUUUUUCUUCGCCUCUCUCUCUCUUUCUUUUUCUAAGUCCUUGGAGUGGAAGGACGGUGUUCUGGGCUGUGUUCCAAUUCAUUGUGGCGCUGCAGGCUGGUUAUCCAUACACGUCACUCAGCUCUGUCGCUGAAUGUUGAGGACAUUCGCCUGCAACAUGGUAAGAAAUGGUGUCUGUCCUCAGUCUGCCUGGCGGACCACCUAGUACGGACUGCUGGUCUGUUUAUUCCUGUUUCCAGAACCCGUGUACAGGACUACAUUAUCCUCUUAUACAGGAUAACUAGGCCAGGCUUAAAGGGCCACUUAAGCGAAAUGGUAAAGUGGUUUACAAGUAUAAGUUCAAUACGCUACUUUUGUCAAUUUUUUGGUAAUGGGUUGGAUUGGAAUAGAAAAUGAAGGUCAAAGUCCAAUUUUUUAAAUAUUUUUCAUUGAUAUGUCAGUGUGAUGCCCGAGAUUUGAGUUUAUUUUUACGAAAUUUGGCUCUUGUGGUCGAGUAAAAGUUCUUGAAACCUUUUAAUUCCGUCUUUGGUUCCUUUAGAAUGCAAUGUAGCACAUCCUUACUGGAAAAAAAAGAAAAUUAGCUAUACCUUACAAAUCGCUGUGGAAAUCUACGACAUUGGAGCGAGCUGGUGAGGGAACCUCAAGGUGAUGUUGCCUGCCCGUUUCAUUUGAGCUUUUUUCUGGCUUACCAAGCCUCUUCUGGGGGCAAGAGCGCGUUUUUCUUUUCACUUCUCUCUCUCUUUUGUAGAGGGGUGAUUUACUAAUAUAGUGCAUAAAUUUCCUCUUUAGUGUUUCUGUAACAGUUGCAUUACCCCCAUGCCACUAAAUUGACAAAUCAAAGACACUUUCAUUUUGCUUUAAACGCCAGCUUUCGCACAUUUCACUAGCCAGGAAAAAGGGGUGGGAGGGUGCAAUAGCUGCAGAAGUACGCUCAGGUUCUAGAAGGUUCAUAAGGUGUUAUCUCGGGCAAGGUACUAAACAUGACUGGCUGCCUUACAUUCACAUUUUACUCCACCCAAAAAAUUUGGAGUAAAGCAAAAUCUUUCUUUUCUCUUCAGCCCUCUCAAUACCCUUUUACACAGAGUAGUAUGUAGGCAGUUAGACACAAGCUGACAAAAAUCUUUUCAUUAAAGGAACGUCCUCCACAAAUGUGUGCCAAUCCGAGCAACUUGUAUAUCAACGAAGCUGCAUAUGGGAGUUUUCCCACGCUUCAGAAGUGCUCGGGGGUUGUUCGUUGGCUGUUAUUAGCGACGAUUUGUCAGACACUGCUUACACUUCCUCACCGAUGGCUUGGUCAUACGAAUGCUUCGGGGCUUCCACGGAGGCUGCGUUACUGGCUGCUAUUCACCACCACAGCUGUAUGAACUCCUAGCUGAUCUAAAAUGCAAUGAUAGAAAGAUUAGAUACUGGCUAAAAAAAGUGCAGAGAGAGGUUUUCUAUGUGUGUGAGGUGUAUGCAACCUAACUUAUUUCAGAAUCGCUUACAAUUGUUUUAAAGAAAAAAAAUAAGCAUUUCUCACUCUUGUAUUGUGUGUUUGCUAAUUCUCUUCUGGCAGCUGCCUUGAAAGUGCAGGAAAGCUUUCAUGCCUGUUUGGACAUACUUUCAGUGCUCAUGUCAGCUGGGCAAGUCACUUUUUUUUUUAUUUGCCUGGAGUUGCCACCUGGAAUAAUUUAGAGAUGAAAUUACAUAAGUGUGGAGGCCCAUUUCGUGCAGAUAUUGUGCAUGAACUAUGACCGAUGCCCCAUGAACAGCAGAUCUCAUACGAAUCGUACUUGCCAUCUCUGCAGUCUGUGAAGUGGUAGCCAUUUCUAAAAUAGCCGUAAGGUUUCCGAAGGAAUGAAAGAAGUUUGCUUUGAAAGUACGAGGCAGUCGAGUCACUGUUGAGUCACUGAAUAGGAACACAGCCCAUAGACAAAAUCUUUUUUGUCUUGCAAGUUGUCUUUACAGUUUAGCUUUCACAAUUGUCAUCUGUUUCACUAGUGUGCCUAGUGUGUUCAUGUGUUGGGACAUGUUUUCUUUUUUUCUCUUGUGUGGAGAAGGAAGCUGUGGUUCCCCGGGGGAGGAAUAAAACAUCACACCUCCUCAUUUUUUUCUCUAAAAAAAAAAAAAAAAUCUGCAUCAGCUUGUGAUGCUACACUGCCACGUCACGUCCUCCCACUGCCAGAGCGGUCAGUGGUGAGGGAUAACUUUUUUGCUGUAUAACCAUGAGCUCCCCCGGAAUCACAGCCUUUCCUGCAAUACUGCAAUGUUGCCCCUUUGCACACACACACAUACAUUAUGUGGAUACACGCGCUGCUGGCACAUGUUAUCACCAUAAGCUUGCAGUUCUUUUUUUCCUCUCCACUACUUGUCACGCUCUCAGAGACUGUUUAUUUGUGUUCCCUCACUUGUUUCCGGUGACAAGGCAGCAUAGAAAGGUUUGCAAGUUCUUGUGUGUCUCUGGAAAAAAAAAAAAGAAAAAGCUGAACUUGUUUGUCCACAAAGAAAGUUUUUUAGCAUUUGCAAGUGUAGAAAGCAGUGUAGAGUCUACUUUUUCUCUUGAUGCAAUGUGCGCAAACCAACCACAACCAAGCAGCUUUUCUCUGUCUUGAAAACAGUUUUUUUUUUAAAGAACGUGAUUUUCUUUCUUCCUGCGACCAUUGUUUCAUGCGAAUGUUUUCUCAAGUGUUUUGUGCUUUUGCUCCGAUAUAUUUUGGCUCCUGUAUUUUUCGUGUAUGGGAGAAUCUAGUCUAGCAUUGCUUCUUGGCAACCAUUUUUUUUAAAAGCAAAUGGGACAGGGGUUGAUUUUCUAAAGCAAAAAAAAAAAAAAAAUUGCGAAGGAGAAGGAAAAAAAAAUUUGAUGAGAACAGCAUAUAUGUCUUUUUUCCUUUCUUUAUUAAGAGGGGAAGGGGGCGCGCGCGUCCUUGGUCGCGCGCAUAUGACGGCAAGCUCACACACUUUCAAAAGUGAACGACUGCGGGAGACAGAAAGUGACCAAAAAAAAGGCCCAUGAUUUUUAUUGUGUAUAUAAGUAAAAGAGAGAGAAACAAUGAUAUUGAUGACAAUAAAAGUUAAAACCAGCAAAA